AUGGAGGGGAAGUCACUAAUCAAGAGCGGAAAAACUACACCUGCAUGGUCAUCCUCUGUUGGGAAACAACCACUUCCGAGUUUCAGUGACUCCGAAGCAGCAGAGGAGCUACUGGAGCAGUUGGUACCAACGGAAGACAUAAUGAGGAUUAUGCGAAAGUGCCUGCCUGCUCAUGCUAAGGUCUCCGACGAAGCCAAGCAGGCCGUCCAGGAGAGCGUGCUUCGCUUCAUCUCCGCCGUCACCAGCAUCGCCGGCGAGCACUGCAGGCAGCAGCAGAGGCAGGUGGUGACGAGUGAAGACAUGCUCGUCGCCCUCAAGCGGCUCUGCUUCAAUGGCUAA